AUGAUAAUUAAAGAAUUUAUCCUCACGAUAUUAUUUGUCAACUGUUUCGCAUACAGAGCUACGACACCGCUUAUUAAAAAUGUGCGGAGAGGUGGUACACAUUUCGAGGGACCUCAUUGGUCAACUGCAGAAAAUGCUCUCUAUUGGGUCGACAUACAAGGCCAACAGGUGCAUAGAUUCGAUGCUGAAACAUCUAAUAUCACCUCUAAAACUAUUGGCUAUGGACCAGUGUCACUAGUUGUAACAGUAAAGGACUAUCCCAAGCUGAUUUUGAUAUCUGUGAGGUCCGAACUUUACUUCUUACCAUGGGACUCAUUCGAAAAUGACAGUUCCCUACGACUACUGAGCGUUGUGGACCUGGGCCUGCCAAAUAACAGGUGCAACGACGGGAAAGUCGACGCCAAAGGAAGACUUUGGUUUGGUACAAUGGGCAAGGAAGUGAAUAACAACGUCGACAUGGACCAAGGAACAUUGUAUUUGAUGGAUGAGCACAAUUAUGACAACCCGAUGGAAAAAGUUCGUCCCGUCACCGUGUCUAACGGCAUAGCGUGGACUGCUGACAAAAAGUUCAUGUUCUACAUCGACUCUCCAACUAGAAACAUUGACGUAUUCGAUUUUGAUCUCGAAGAAGGAUCCAUUCGCAACAGACGGACACUCUUCAGUUACCAAGCCAAUAAUGUGACAGGUAUACCAGAUGGAAUGACAAUAGACACUGAUGGUAACCUAUGGGUUGCCUGCUUUAAUGGAUGGAAGGUAAUAAAGAUUGAUCCCAGAGCGGGUAAACUUUUAGAACAGCACAGGCUACCAGUUGCAAAAGUAACAUCGGUGAUGUGGGGAGGACAUGACCUAUCUACACUUUUCGUGACAACUAGCAAGGUGGGCCUGUCUCAAGCGGAGCUGAACGCACAACCUGAAGCAGGGUCCCUAUUUGCAAUUGAAGGAACUGGAGCUAAAGGACUGCCUGAAAAUCAAUUUGUUUUCGCUAAUGCUGCAACUUUUUAG